GGAAGGAAAACCACGUGAAUGAACAACGGAGGCUACAACAACAUAACGAGUAGCAUUUGAUCAUCAGCGCUAUGGUAAACUAGACUGUUAUAACGCUGUUGAUGUGUCAUUCAAAUAUGACAUGAGUUUAUUAGCUGGCUAGUUAUCCAUCAAUGUGCACGUUGCUGGCCUGCAAGUGGCCUUGUAUUUGCUGCAAAGAGGAGAUACACAAACGAACCAUUUUUUUUCUGUGUGUGUGAAGUAUUUAGGAAUGGUCUAACCACCAGACACCAUGUUGAGUCGUCUACAGGAGCUGAAGAAGGAGGAGGAGACUCUCCUGAAGAUUAAAGUUAUGCUGCAGGACCAGCUCAACAGACUCAAGUUUGAAGAAGGGGCCCUAAAGUCCAUCAUCAACGCUCAGACAGACGAAGGUCCUUCACAACCUGCCAGUCCUCCUGAGGUUCCUCUGAACCUGGAUGACGAAGCAGUGAUCAACCAGACCAAACUGCUGCUGAGUGGUCCUGUAGACUACCACAUAGAGGAGGAGGAAGAGGAGGAGGAAGAUGAGGAGGAGGAAGACGACGACGACAACAACAAUGAGCUUGAAGCAGUGCCUGAAGAAGACGAGGAGGACGACGAUUAUUACUGAGUGGACCUGUCCCAAAUGGCCCCCUGUUCCCAAUGUAGUGCACUGGGCUUGAGCAGGGACCUGGACAAAUGUAGUGCACUACAUAGGUAAUAGGAUGUAAUUUGGGACGUUGCCAGUGUAUUGACCUCCUAAAGAGGAGAUGUGUGUAUAUAUAAUAUUACAGACUGUUUUUUUUGUUUUGCAUCCUGUACUUCUGAAGUUAUUAUUUAUUUAUUAUUAUUAUUAUUAGUUAAACUACUAACUUACAGUGGGGAAAUAAAAUGUAGCCUGGGUGCUAGACAGUCUCCGUCUGUUCUUGUCAACUCCUUACUGAAAUGUCAUGUUUGGCUUGACAAGGACAGCAGUGGAGUUGGCUAGAGUACAAACAGAUCUGGGACCAGGCUUAUUGUCAUUCCAUAAUGACAGCAGUAGAGUUGGCUAGAGUACAAACAGGUCUGGGACCAGGCUUAUUGUCAUUCCAUAAUGACAGCAGUAGAGUUGGCUAGAGCACAAACAGGUCUGGGACCAGGCUUAUUGUCAUUCCAUAAUGACAGCAGUAGAGUUGGCUAGAGUACAAACAGAUCUGAGAACAGGCUUAUUGUCAUUCCAUAAUGACAGCAGUAGAGUUGGCUAGAGUACAAACAGGUCUAGGACCAGGCUUAUUGUCAUUCCAUAAUGACAGCAGUAGAGUUGGCUAGAGUACAAACAGAUCUGAGAACAGGCUUAUUGCCAUUCCAUAAUGACAGCAGUAGAGUUGGCUAGAGCACAAACAGAUCUGGGACCAGGCUUAUUGUCAUUCCAUAAUGACAGCAGUAGAGUUGGCUAGAGCACAAACAGGUCUGGGACCAGGCUAGAUGUAAAUGUAUUGAUUUACAGUAAGAACAUGAACAGGAAUGAACUGUGUUCUCCCUCACAUUAAUUAAUAAGGUCUGGGCUACUAAAAGAUCUGUUGGUGCUGUAUAGCCACUGUUAUCAUGUUAUACAUAAUAUUGUAGCGAUCCUUGCUAAUAUGAGCCACGUUACAAUUCCCGCCAAGUGGGUUAACCCUAUUGGCACGACACAUGGAGGGGUUGUUCUUUCAGGCUCAGCGACCCAGGUUCGCUUCCCUGUCUGGGACCAGGCUGUAAAACCAUAGAGUUGUUGUUCCAUACCCGGUUCUCGUUCAGUAUCUCUCACUGGUCCAGCAGUAAUUGUAGUGUUUGUUCCAUGCUUGUAGCCCACUGUUCUACUGUUGAUGUGUGUGUCUCUGGAUGUUGAGGUAUGAAUCUAGUAGGGUGGUAUUCAGAACAUACCGUCUCGGUACCAUACCGGGGAAUACGGUAUUACCGAAUGUGUACACAAGGGGGACUAUUUUUGUUGUUUAAAACUAUACUGAACCAAAAUAAUUAAAAAAUGCAACAAGUUCAAAGUUCA